AUGUACAGAUCACAUGUUCUACUACAGCAAGUGUUAGAAGUAGUGUCAACCAGCCAAAGACAUAUAUUUUACUUUUCGAUUUAAUAUAGCAAAUAAGAUAUAAACUGAUCGAUGCUGUCAAGUUCCAUAGCUAGGGAUGACACAGUAGUAUCACAUUGAAACAGGUCUGGCUUUAGUUUAUAUCGGUAGCAAAUUAGCAAUGAAGAAAAUAUUAGUUCGUCUUACAACAUACUAACCUUCUUUGUAUCUACGUUGGAUUGCGGACAUCGCAUCAAGAGAGCACAAGACACCACGUUUAUUUGCAAUAGCAGGUACAAAAUAACGAUGGGAAUAGUGUCCAAAAAAUAAAUAGUUCUCGAAAAAACCCGGCUAAGUCAUACAAAUCUUUAACGGAUGACACUUUGACAGGUGCCCGAGCCAUCGAAGAAUCAUAAACAAAAAGAUGCUCGUGGAUCGUUGACGUUUGUUCGAUUACAUAGACAUGAAUAUGAUAAAUUAGAUGUAAUAAAAUGGAAUAUUUGACUGUAAUAGGGAUUAAUAACUAUUAUAACCAGUAUCAGUACAAUUUCAUCCCUGAUAGUUACUUAUUUUGCUGAUAGAACUAAACAACCCAGUCUUCUAUUUUCU